AUGUCACUUCCACAACCGGAGAACGCGGUCCAGGUCACGUACGUGUGGAUAGAUGGCACGGGAGAACAAAUGCGUGCUAAGGACAGAACAUUGAACUUUGAACCUAAAAAUGCACAAGAUUGUCCCAUUUGGAACUUUGAUGGAUCGAGCACGGGUCAGGCAGAAGGAACGACUAACUCGGACAUGUACCUCAUCCCUGCUGCCCUCUACAAGGACCCCUUCAGACUGGGUUCCAACAAGCUGCUGCUCUGUGAAGUUGUCGACAGCAAGAAGAAGCCCAUAGCAAGCAACGCCAGAGCAUCUUGUGUCGAAGUAAUGAAGAAAGUUCAGGAGCACGAGCCCUGGUUUGGAAUGGAGCAAGAGUACACGUUGUUUGGACAGGACAGGAGACCACUGGGCUGGCCCACCAUCGGUGUUCUGCCUCCUCAAGGACCAUACUACUGCGGAGUGGGACCGAACAAAGUGUUCGGACGUGACAUCCUGGAAUCGCACUACAGAGCCUGCCUGUACGCAGGGCUGAAGAUUGGCGGCACGAACAUUGAAGUCAUGCCUUCCCAGUUUGAGUUCCAGAUCGGUCCGUGUGUCGGAAUCGAAGCAGCUGACGAGUUGUGGAUAGCGAGGUUCAUGCUGUACAGGAUCGCUGAAGAGUACGGAGUUGACGUCUCCUUCGAUCCUAAGCCACUUCCAGACUGGAACGGAGCUGGUGGUCACUGUAACUUCAGCACGAAGGAGAUGAGGGAGGAGGGUGGAAUCACACACAUCAUGAACGCCAUUGAGAAGCUGAAGAUGAACCAUCUAGAGCACGUGAAGUGGUACGACCCUAAAGGAGGGGAAGACAACAAGAGGAGGCUGACUGGCCACCACGAAACCAGCUCCAUCUUCAGCUUCUCAUCGGGUGUGGCAGACAGGGGAGCCAGUGUCAGGAUCAGCAGACAAGUGCACGAUGACAGGAAAGGAUUUUUUGAGGACAGAAGACCAGCCGCCAACGCCGACCCCUACAAAGUCACUGAGAUCCUCUGCAGGACGGUCUUGCUCUAA